CCCUCCGCCUCUGGCUUACAAGAUCUAAUGAGCUCCCCCGGGAGGCUGAGCCGAGAGCCUGGGUCGGAGCGAUCAGACAGCGCCGCGCCUGGGCUGGAGCGGGCCGGGUGCGCACGGGCCGCGCUGCGGACGGCCGGGGAGCCGCGGCGAUGGCGGUGCAGGCUGCGCUGCUCAGCUCGCACCCCUUCAUACCCUUCGGUUUCGGAGGCUCCGCGGACGGGCUGGUGAGCGCCUUCGGAAGUCUGGAAAAGGGCUGCUGUUUCGAAGAUGAUGAGAGCGUGGCGUCCGCGGGAGCUCUGCUGUCGGGGUCCGAGGGCGGGGACGUGCGCGAGGCCACCCGCGACCUGCUCAGCUUCAUAGACUCGGCGUCCAGCAACAUCAAGCUGGCGCUGGACAAGCCAGGCAAGUCCAAGCGGAAAGUGAACCACCGCAAGUACUUACAGAAGCAGAUCAAGCGCUGCAGUGGCCUCAUGGGCACCGCACCUCCGAGACCGCCGUCCCCGAGCGCCGCAGAUGCUCCAGCCAAACGGCCACCAGGAGCCCCGGGAGCCCCGACCGUGGCGACCCCGGCGCACUGUAAGGCCGCCCCGCGGAGGGAGGCGACCCAGGCUGCAGCUGCCGCCAGCCUGCAGAGCCGGAGCCUCGCUGCCCUUUUUGACUCUUUGCGCCACGUCCCGGGGGGCGCAGAGACGGCAGGCGGUGCGGUUGCAGUGUCCGUCCCGGGCCUCGGGGCAGCAAGCGCUACGGGAGACCGGGCGGGCACCGUGGCGAGCUCAGUGGUCCCCGGCACCAGGAAGGUCCCGCUGCGUGCCCGAAACCUGCCCCCGUCCUUCUUCACUGAGCCAUCCCGGGUGGGCUGCGGUAGCAGCGGCAGCAGCCCCUCGGGCCAGGGCGUGAGCCUGGGUGACCUGGAGAAAGGGGCGGAGGCCGUUGAGUUCUUUGAGUUGCUGGCGCCGGACUUCGGCAGUGGCAACGAUUCGGGUGUCUUGCUAGCCGAGGACCCUCUCGACCCUUUCCCCGCCGGAGCCACGGUCCUACGGGGACCCCUGGAGCUGGAGUCCGGCCCCUUUGAGCAGCCAGCGAUGGUGGGGAACCUACUAUACCCCGAGCCCUGGAACACCCCGAGCUGUCCUCAGACCAAGAAGCCUCCUCUGGCUGGCGUUCGCGGCGGCGUGACCUUGAACGAGCCUGUGCGCCUCCUGUACCCCACAGCCUUGGACUCUCCAGGUGGGGAGGACGCACCAGCCUUGGCCUCUUUUACUCCCUUCUUCCCAGAUUGUGCGCUGCCGCCGCCCCAUCAGAUGUCCUAUGAUUAUAGCGCGGGCUACAGCCGCGCGGUUUACCCCAACCUCUGGAGACCGGACGGGGUCUGGGAAGGAGCUUCUGGGGAGGAGGGAGCGCAUCCCGACUGACUGCGAGGAACUCUUUCCUUCCCUUAUGACUACUGUGGGCUGCGUGCCACUGUAGGUCUCUUCUGAGUGGAGAGAACGAUGGGAGAACGCAAGUAAAGACGAAAUGGGAUUUAAAAAAAAAAACAAAACAACCCUCAAUCCAUUUAAUAAAGGAUCUCCAGGAAAACAGAUGAAGAGUGGUUGGGGAUUGUUUUAAUCACAGUCUCAGAUGUUCUUUUCUUUCUUUCUAAGUGACUCAUAGAUUCUUACUUGGACCAGACCAGUUUAAAAAGCUCGAGACAGGAUUUGGGUGGGAUGAUGGAAGGAGAUCAAGAGUAAGACAGAAUUUUUGUAGCCAUCUGUCUCAUCUCAGUUCAGCCAAGGUCAGUGUGUUUAAUGCCAUUACCCCCCCCCCCCCGCCCCCAAACAGCUCCCUGGUGUCCUCCCCUGACUACAUUAUGAAUUAAAGCCUGUAUUGAAAGAAAUGAA